CCUAUUGCUAACAUUCUCCAUGAUGGAAACAUUGUGUUCACUUGGGCUUGUAAUCUGACCACUACAUUGGAUCAAGAGUUAAUGGAGAGGCAACUUGAUGUAAUUAAGGAACCUGAGCCCAACCAGGACAUCAAGGCCUCAUGCUGGAAGCUUGCCUGCCAGCCAGAGCAUCUCCAUACGCUCAAAGAGCUUCUAGCAGAAGCAGCCACUGCGCGAGAUCAGACCACAGCGCCUCCAUGUUCGCGCGUCCCCAGCGAAGGAGGGGGCAAGGAGAAAGAUGACGGGGAGGUGGAGAUGGAGGCGUACGGGCAGGGUGCCCUGAAGACAGAGCUAUGCAACAAGUGGGAGCACAGUGUGUGCCCCUACGACGGGCGGUGCAGGUUUGCGCACGGCUUGGAGGAGCUGUGCCCCGUGAUCUGCCACCCCCGCUGCAAGACCCUCGCGUGCCAGUUGUUCGCCUCCGGCUAACUAAGAUGUUGUGAGAAUCUUCAAGAAAUCAAAACUGAAGAAAUUUUUUACGAGAACCUAAAUUAGAUUAUAUUUAGAAUGAAGUUGAUUGUUAUAUUUUUAAUAAAAAAAUAAUUUAGUUGUUUUAGCAGAAUUUAAUUAUUUUAGUAGACUUUGCUUUGUUAUAUCAAUUUUGAAUCUCAUGUUAUUUUUAAACACUUACAUGUGGUACGUGCAUCUCUAGUACAUAAAACCGGUCACAGUUCGAUCGCCCGACAACAGGUUGAAUAAAGUCGCAAAAAAAA